CAUGGCGCUGAGGGAGCUGUCGUCGCUGGAGAAGUACUUAGGUUUGAAAAAGCCUAACAAGUACAGCACUCAAGGGGACAGAAAGUUACCUGUGCUACAGAGUAAUAAUGGUCCUCCAUUGGUGGGCUUAGUGACUAUCUCCUGUCAGCUGUUGAAAGAGGCCAAGCGUCCAGAGUUGCUGGGAGAUUCGGCAGAGAAAAGGGCUGUGGUACAGCAAUGGUUGGAGUACAGGGUCACCAAGCUGGAUGGGUGUGCCAAGGAAGACAUCAAGACUAUUCUUAAGGAGCUUAACCUUUACCUUCAGGACAAGGUCUACCUGGCAGGCAACCAGUUCACACUAGCAGAUAUUCUCAUGUACUAUGGGAUUCAUCCACUCAUUGUGGACCUGGCCAUCCAAGAAAAGGAGAAGUACGCGAAUGUGACACGGUGGUUCGACCACGUCCAGCACCACCCUGGCAUUCGGCACCACCUGCCCCCUGUGGUCGUCCUCAGAAACCGAGUUUACCCCAGCGGACACCACUGAAGACCUGAACCCUACCCGAGCCAACCCAAUCCGAACCAAGCUCCCCUUGUCACCUGGGGCCAGACCUGAGCAAGUUCAGUCCUACAGAACAGCAGUGACGUGAUGGUUCAGGUGUUUUCACAGUCUCAGGGCUCUGAAUAUACUCUACUGUCUGAGAUGUCCUGUUUGCUUUAGUUCCUGCCUUUCUGUGUUGUCUAUGGUAACACAAAAGACAAUCCUUUCUUUUUUCCUUUUUUAUUUGAAAAUAUGAGCUACCCUGCCUGUUUUUAAUCUACUUUUUUUUUCUCUUUAUUUUUUAACCAGUUUUACACACCAGGUGCUUGAACAGUUAUUUAAGUGGAGAAGAGAGAACUGCAGUCCUGCUCUUCUCCUUUUUUCUCUUUAUUUCUACAUUUUGAAAAAGUUUUUACUUGUGAUUUUGUCAGUUUCUGUCCUAGGCAAGGGGCAGCGCCAUUGGCAUUUGGCUUCACAAGGGAUUGGGACUGGUAAUGGAGGGUGAGGGGAAAGAGGGUGUGGGUGUCUAUCCCGCUAACCUCUUAACCUCCCAUUCACCCUAACACCAUAGGUAUCAAACUGUUGCUUUGGUGUUAGGUCUUACGUUUUUGGAUUUUGUGGAACGAUACAUUUUUUGUUUUUGUUUUUUUUGUGUUCAUUGGCUGUUUUCACACUACUGGGGAUACUGUACGGGUAGCAGUGAAGGGAAAAGCAUUGGCUGCUAGCUAAAGAAAAAGGGCGUUCUAUUUAUAAAUUGCAACGGGUUUGUAAAUACCUGCAGCAAUGUUUUUUUGUGUGUGUGUGUUUGGGGGUUCUCCUUUACCUGAGUCUUGAAAAUAGAAGAAAACAAUAGUGUUAACAGUACAAAUGAGCCUUGUAAGGGAGUUACUUGUUUGACAGCACAACAUUAUCAAUGCAUUUUCUUAGUUACAUUUUUGUCACAACUACAAGCUGUCCAAACUAAUCAAGUCGCUUGUUCAACUAUAAUGACCACAGUCACUGUUUACUGCACACCUCCCAGUCCUCAUAAAGCUAGCCUCUUCUUUCUUCUUCUCUCUCCUCCAUCUCUCCUUCAGAACAAGGAGGUGAUCUCUCACCCCUCCCAUAAUUUUAAGUGUUCCAAACACAUAAACCAAACACCCAGUUAACCGGAGAUUUCAGUUUCCCUACAGUUUUGCAUUCCCCUCUCUCUCUCUC